UACUAAAUUUUAUCUUUCAAAUUAGAAUUGACUUUUCUGAAAUUUAAUUUAAAAACUUUAUCUAGAAAACAUUCAUAAAUCCUUAAAAAUGAAUGACGAACUCAAAAAAAAUCGUCAAAACCUAACUCAAACUUAUCUUAACCAUCAACGUGAGCUUAUCAGACAACAAAGAAAAUAUAAAAAAAUUAUAAGUACAAAAUAUACAAGUCGCAAAGAAUCCAUCGGUAAAGCUAGCUGCCUAAAGAACAUUGAACUUUUAAAAGCUGAAAAAGCCGAUAUUAGAGCUCAAUUAUGGGUAGCCAAUGGUCUAACACAUCUCCGUCAAAAUGAUAAUCGUCUUAAAAACAUAAAAUGUCAUGUUUCUUGUCAAGAAAAACUAACAGCUGAUAAUAAAAAAAUCAAGUCACAAAUCAAGCGAGUAAACAAGUCAAUCUAUGAUCUCAAUAGAAAGACAAUUCCCGAUAACCAGCAUCAAGCUCAUGUUUUGAAAGUUCGUCGAACAAAAGAAAUUUUAGAAAAUCAACUUGAUGUUGGAAUAAAACGAGAGUGUAACAUUGCUGCUUCAAGUCAACUUCUUCGAGAAGAUGUUGUCCGGAUGAUCAAUUUUAGGGAAUUCUUUAACGAUCUUUACAGUAAGAUGAUUCAACAGCUGAAAAGUGAUAAUAAAUAUCUGAAUGAUCUGAUUGAACAUGCACAAUUAACUUUUGAAAAUGGAAUAAAUGUUUAUGAGAAAAUAAUUGCAAUUAAUAAAAAAGAAGCUAACGAUCGAGAGGUUAGAAAAGUUGAAAUGCAAGGUAUCACAAGAAAAACCGCGCAAGACAACGAAAACUUUGAUUUUUUGUCGAAAAAAGAUCAAAAACGUGAUUUAUGCGACCUCGAACCAAGGGAAUACAAACGGCGUGAUCUUUUCAAAAAAGCCCAUGGCAAAAAAAUUCGAUUGUACGAAAGUGUAUUGGAUAGGAUCCUUCAGCACUCAAAUACACAAACUAUUGAUAAAGUGAUUGACAACUUCCAACAGCAAGAAAGUCUUUAUUACUCGUAUUUCAAUUAUGCCAAUGAAAAGAACUUCCAUAUCACAAUGCUAAAUACAAGUUUGAACGAUCUCUAUCAGCAAAUUGAAGGCCUACGAACUAGAAACAAAAACACACUAGAUCACCAAAUUGAAUCAAUAAUUGAUUUGGAGGAAAAGUUACGUGCUCAACUAAAAACUAAUCUUGCAUACGAAGAAAAGAGAAACAAUUGUGAUAAGACCUUAGCAGGAUAUUUUAAAGAAAUUCAAAACAUAUUCUUGCUAUGUCGAACCGAUGCAAGUCCAAUGCAAAAUCUUUUAGGAGAUCAUUCCAAAGUAAAUAUGAUGAAUGUUAAAGAAUUUUUCCAAAUUCUUGAAAAACGUUUGAAUCAGAUUGUUGCAAGAGUUUACAUUUUGCAAAGAAAGGACCCAAAAAUACGACCUGGUCAUUAUGUUGUUCGAAAUAUUGAGAAAAUAGUGGAACAACCGACGAAACUGGACAAUAUUGUCUUUGCACAACAAUGUCCUGAAUGUGCUGAAGGUGAAGCGGUCAAUACAGAUGGUACUGCAGUGCUUCAAUCAUUACAAGAAAUUCGGAAGAAAUUACAUGAAAAAGUCGUUCAGCCAGAAAUGCAAUAUCGAUUGCAUAGUUUGAGUGAAUGCCGUUUGCAGCGAUCGCGAAUGUUGGCAAAUAGUAAAUUGAAUGAUAAAUAAAUUUUGCGAAGGUUUUUGCAAAUUUUUGUAGUUUUAAAAUUUUUGGAAUUUUUAAUAAAAGCUAUUAGGUAUAUUAGGUA